CUUGCUCAUUCGCACGUGCUCUCCUCGGAGGAAAAAAAAGGAAAGUGGGAGGGUGUGCUUGCAAUCUAGAGAGGCAUCCAGAUCUCCCAAUCGGAGCUAAAAUGAAAGAUCUCCGCUCCCGACAGCAGUCCCUAGGGUGGGCCGGUUUUGAAACCGCCAGUCCGUUGACACUCCCUGCCUCUUGGCACAAGGAAUGGAGGGAAGGAGGAAGGGCGCCGCCGGCUCAGCAACAAGCGAACUCUUCGCAGCCGGCACUUACUGCCUGGACUGUACCCGAUCAGCAGCUGCCCGGUCGAUCUGGCUGCCGCGAUCACGUCAGGGCAACGUUGAGUGCCGCCCGCCGCCUGGACGGGGCGCCCGCUGCGGCGCACAAGAAAGCGCAAGGCGCUUGGAGACGCCUUGGCGAGCCUCCCGGCGGGGCGUGGAUCCGGCAGCGGCGGCGCUUGGCCGCCAACGCCCGCGAAAGGAGGCGCAUGCUAGUCCUCAACGUGGCCUUCGACCGUCUGCGGAGCGUCGUGCCCGCGCUGCGAGGCGAGCGGAAGCUCUCCAAGGCGGAAACCUUGCAGAUGGCCAAGAUCUACAUCUCCAUGCUGAGCGAGUUGGUGCAGGAGGUCGGUGCCGGCGCGCCGGGGAGAGAAGCAGCAGCCCAGGCUCCCGCGACGCCACCCGGAAGCAACGGAAGCCGAUCGCCUCCCGCUGCCUUCCGCGGAUCACCAAACUGAUCCUCCGUAGCAGGGACCUGCUGCUGCGGAGCGGAUCCCUGCCCCACUACCCCUUGCAAAAACUGCUCUCGCAAUGAGAGGUGCUUAUGC